CGGUGUCGCCAGAGUCUGAGAUCACAGCAGGGAUGGGGCGGGAUGGACCCUGAGACCCCAGGCGAGAGCUCUGCCCCUGACUCACCCCUCCCCCGGGGAAGGGGCAGAGGAUAAAGAGGAUGGAGGGGAGCAGGGGCUGCGCAGAUGCGCAAACGUGACCAACAGGCAGGCCACAUGCAAAUCAUAUGCAAAUCAGCGAGCGCACGCGUGGCCCCCUCCCGGCAAGCGGCAGCUCCGCGGGGCGACCCUCGCGCGGCUCCCCGGCCGAGUGGUCUGGGGGCCGGGCGGGAGGGUCAGGGCCUGGCUGACCCUUGUGAGGCAGAGUCUCACAAGUUCCUCCCCUAUCCUGGCCUCGUGGAGCCACGAGGGUUCUGGCGGAGGAAGCCACGGUCCUUGGCAGGGGAGUUUCACGCUCAGCCCCUCACUCCGCCACUCCCGCUCCCCACGCCCCGCGUCUGUUGUUGGGCGACUGGUGUCGGGUUACCGCCCAGGGGCUAUAGUUAGCCGCGGGGACUUUGUGUGGCAAUCGCGGAGAGCGCCGCGCCCGCCGGACUCUACCCCGCUGCCUGCCGCAAGCACCAGCGCUCCUUCCCGCUCAGCUCCGCAACCUUCAGGCCACGCCCACACCAGCCUGGGUCCGCAGACCUGAAGCGAGGACCCCUCAAGUGGUAGGAAGAAGGGUGCUGGAGCCCAUUGAAGCCGGGACUCCGCCGCUGCAGGUCUCACCCUCACCAAGACCUCACCGUGCAAGACUCCUCAGGAAGGAUGCUGAAGGCUCUGCUGAUCGUCCUUAGCUGCCUCGGCCUCCACACCCUCUGGCAGGCCCAGGCUGUUCCUAUCCUGCCCCUGGGCCUGGCUCCAGACACUUUCGAUGAUGCCUAUGUGGGCUGCUUGGAGGUCAUGGAAGAGAAGGCAGCCGCCCUGCUAAAAGAGGAGAUGGCCCAACAUGCCCUGCUGCGGGAGUCCUGGGAGGCAGCCCAGGAGGCCUGGGAGCACCGGCGUCGAGGGCUCACUCUGCCCCCUGGCUUCAAAGCCCAGCAUGGAAUAGCCAUUAUGGUCUAUACCAACUCAUCUAACACCUUGUACUGGGAGCUAAACCAGGCUGUGCGCAUGGGCGGUGGCUCCCGGGAGCGCUACAUGAGGCACUUCCCCUUCAAGGCCCUGCAUUUCUACCUGACCCGAGCCCUGCAGCUGCUUCGGGGCAGUGGAGGCUGCAGCAGGGAACCUGGGGCAGUGGUGUUUCGAGGCGUGGGCAGCCUUCAGUUUGAACCCAAGAGGCUUGGGGACCUGGUCCGCUUUGGCCAGUUUGCCUCCAGCUCCCUGGAUGAGGCAGUGGCGCGCGGGUUUGGUAAUGCCACCUUCUUCUCUCUAAGGACUUGCUUUGGGGCCUCUAUCCAGGCCUUGUCUGUCUUCCCUGAGGAGCGUGAAGUGCUGAUUCCCCCCCAUGAAGUCUUCUUGGUCACUGGGUUCUCCCAGGAUGGAGCCCGGAACAUAGUGACUCUCUGGAGCUAUAAUCAAACCUGCAGCCACUUUAACUGCGCAUAUCUGGGUGGGCAGAAGAGGCGGGACUGUGUGUCCGUACCAGCCGUAGGGCAGCCAGAGCCGCCCAGUGAAAGAGCUUUCCCUCUGCUCUCCUGGAAGACCCCAUUCUUGGGCCCUGGGAGGUUCCAGCUCUCAGGAGCUGGGCCUUGAAAGCCCAACACUGUCCCUUAGGAAUCCUGGGAACUGGUGAGCUUCCUGUGAAGAGGGGCUCCAAAUGGCCUCAAGAAGCAAGCGCAUGGCUCCGGACCUAGCCCAAGCAGCCAUCUCCCCAGUCCGGCUUUGGGGAGACUGAGGCCGUGGCAGGGUUGCGGGAGUCCUGCGGUGUGGUGGGGACUUUCUGGGACAAAUGGGAAGUACUGUGGUGACCACCCAAUUAAACAGUGUUGUAGUGUGGAGACGUGGA